AUGACUUUCUCACCUCUGUUGUCGGACUUCACGCAGCAGCUGUCUCAGGUGUACGAGCAACACGCUGAGGAGUUACAGCUACUCGUUUCCAGCUUUCGCAAGCGCAACGCCGAGCUACGCAAAGAAAGGCCGGCGUGCCACAGCUCGCUGUUCCAGACGUGGGAGACGCUGCUGCAGGAGGUGGAGGUGGACUCGCAGGCGCACGCCGACAUCGCGUCCAUCCUGGGCCGGCAGGUGGCGCGGCCCCUGCUCGAGCGCACCUUCCACCGCAAGAUCCAGUCGCGCAAGGUCUUCACGCAUCGCGAGAGUUUCGAGGUCAUCCUAGCCAAGGCAGAGGACAAGUUAGCCAAGUGUCGACAGGACUACAAAAACGCAUAUCUGUCGUACAUGUCGAAUCCAACGAACGCCGCAAUGGCGGCGUAUCUGGACUGCCACAACAGCUAUGUGCAGCAGCUGCACGCUACCAACGGCAUGCUGGACCAAUAUCACACUGAGACACUGCCACAGCUACUCCAGGAACUGGAAGAUGUGUAUAGCGACCUCUGCACCACGCUGGCGGACUCCGUUCUGCAAGGGGCAGAGAUCAUCAGCUCACGGGCGGAGGAGCAGUCGCGGCGGUACGAGGGCGUGUCGGGGCAGUGCCGCGCGGUGUCGGCUCGCCAGGACGUGGCCAGCCUGGUGCACUCGCUGGCCUCGCCGCAGCAGCACUCCCAGCGCCACGCACACACCCACGCCUUCGCGUCGCCGCAGCCGCCGCCCACGCCGCAACCCGACAACCCGGAUGGCACGCCCAACGACGGGCCGCCCACUCCAGAGCAGACUCCGCCACCGCUACUCAAGAACGAAAUCAUUGUGGACCGACUGGCGUCGGUGAGCGUGCGAACACGGCUGGAUGCUCUCCGCAAAGAAGCCAUGGAUCUGGAGCAGCAGAUGAAGCAGAACCAAGACGCCUUGGACACUCUGCUGCGCAUUCAACAACGGAGUUUGGAGUCGAGUCUUUUCAACAAAGCGAAUGAGCUGCAAGAGGACAUCAGCUUAAAGAGGUUUGAUCUGCGCGUCGCCCAGAUCCAUUUGGGCGCAGUUAAGGCACAGAAAGAGCUGUUUGCUUCGAAGGCGGAAAGCGCCUCCGACGGUAUGCGCGAGAGAAAGAUGUCCUCCUCCUCCACCGGCAGCAUGAAGAAUAAGUGGCUCAAGGCCUUCAAGAGCCUCAAAGCCAGCAACACCAGCGACGGCGCUCUCAAAGAGACGGAGAAAAAAAAUCAAAUGUACCAUGCAGUUUCAGCCAUCAUGACAAUGAGGAAAGAAGCGGCGGCGGGCCCGGACAGCGGCUCGCACUCCUUGCAAGAGUACACCUACCGGAAGAUCACUCCCUGCGACGUCUGUUCCCAGGUACUCAGAGGCCACACGCGACAGGGCCUCAAGUGCAAAGUGUGCAAGGUGAACGUGCACGCCGACUGCCAGGAGCGUCUGGGCCGCUGCCAGCCCAAGUCGCGGCUGCUGCGCCGCCAGAAGUCCACGUCGGAGAUCGAGACGCGCCACGCCGACCUGGUGGCCGGCAGCCCGCUGCCCCUGCCACACGACCAGACUCCAUCAAGCCCUGUUCACAACCGCAGGCUACUGUCUGCAAGGAACAUGCGAAUGAGUUCUGUUGAACUUCCAGAUGAAAAUGAAAAAUCUCUGUCUUCUGCCAGUACAUCACCAUGUCCUUCUCCAAAAUCUCACCGACUCCUGCCAACAAACUUGUAUGUUGUACUGUAUAAUUUCAAGUCUCGUCAUCCUGAUGAACUGGAUCUUAAAGCUGGAUACAAGGUGACAGUAAUUGAUGCCUCUGACAAAGACUGGUGGAAAGGAAAAUGUUUUGGCAGAGUUGGUUAUUUUCCAUCAAAAUAUGUUAUUAAACUCCAGCCAGGUGAGAAGGCACUGCAAGUUACCCACAAUCUUCAAGUAUCAGAUGGCAACAAUGGACUCAUGCUUCUGAGAGACCAGAUUGUAAUUCAAGUGGGAGAAGAGUUGGAUGGAAUGGUAAUGAUUCGAAAUGGAGAAAAUCAACAAGGAGUCUGUCCUCUUAAGUUCCUGCAAGAAGUGUGACAAAGAAUCCAGCAAAGGGUAGAAAUGGUUUCUGGGCCUUGCUCCUCAUCAAAUGUCAAAAGAAACACAUUUGCACAUAAAUACACCAGCAGGAAACUACCAACUCCAGCAUCAUAUAUGAAAUAUAUAUUUGAUGGUUCUUUAAUGGAUGUGACUUCACCUACAGUAUUAUCCUGUAAUUUUCAGUGUGGCUGUACUAGGGACGGGGGAAAAGCAAAAUUACCAUUAAUCAAUGUCUUGAGUGAGAAAAUUCACAACAGCACACCAAAAGCAAAGAAAAAUAAUGCAAUUCGAGAUUUUUUUUCAAGUUCAAGUCGCCCAUUAAGAAUAUCACCAGCACUAUCAAUAUCUGAUGACAGUGACACAAGCUUUUUCUUUAGAGAAGCUACACAUUCUCAGGUCAGACCACUAUCAGUCCAAAUAAAUCCACAUUAGUCAUUUCGGCUGAUGAAGUUCAUCAUAACAAUAGAUUUUUGUAUGGCUAUUUAUGAAACUAAUAUAUAUUCAACAUUUUUUAAGUCUGGUAACACUUCUAUGGAAGUACACAUGACAAACAAAUAUAUCCCAAGAAAUCUGAUGUACAAAUUUAUUCAAAUUAACAGUUUCAUGGAUAACACAGCAUUAACAACUAAGGAAUAUAUAAAUAUAUGAUGUAUCGUUCCAAGAAGGAAAAGAAAAUUAUUGCUUUCAUCAUUGUUCCCUAGAGCACUGAGUAAACAUUUGAUUUCUCACAUUCCUUAUUUCAUAAUGAACAUGUUAAAGGCAUCUAUAGUUUCAAUAUUACUAUUAACACAUUAUGGAUGUAUUACAGUAUGAUGAUGUAUUAAAUGAUGAUAUGAAAUCGUAUAUAUUAUCCAAAUGAAAAAAGUUAGCUUUUGUGUCACAGUAGCUGUAGAGUAGUUCUAUAUCACUGGAAUAAUGCAUAGCAGUGAAGUAGAUGAAUAGAAGAAUAUGGUAUGUUUGUGAUGUACAUAUGCUGAUUUUGUCUAUUUGGUUGAUUGUUCUGCUGAGGUAGCUGACAGAUCUCAGAACCUAUUGAAAGUGCUGUAAUUCUUUGUGAGCAGUACUUCAUUUGUUUUCAUAUUGUAAAUGACUUGUAAGAAUAAAAUCACAAUAGUCAUCCUUUCUCAUUUUUCCCACAGUGUUAUUUCUAAAUCCCAUUCACAACCCAUUUUGAUUUCCAACUAUGCUUUUAUUCAGUUCUACAUAGCCUCUUUGAAAUGCUAUUUACUGAGUUGUAGAAUAUAUUGAAACUAUUCUAAAUAAAUCCUAUGUAGUUGUACAUUGAAUGUGACAACAUAAGCUGCAACAAUUACUUGUGACACAGUUGGUUGUAACUUCAAAUGAAAUUAAGUUUAGCUUUGUAAAAUAUUGUACUUCCUUUAUGUCUGUAAUCAGUGUCUUAUAAUACCUUAGAAAGUAGUAAAAAAUUCCAGGUAGGACUGGAGUUACUUCUAAUGUAAAUACCAUAGCUAACAUGUAGUACUGAACUUCAAUUUUGGUUAUUCAGAAAACUGAACAAAAGUAAAUGAAAAUUUAUGUUGCUGUUGAUAAUAUUUGUAUUCAGUAAGUCAAAAAGCUUUACAUUCAACAAGCAAAUACAAAAAAAUGGCCCUACAUCUUGUGCAUAUGUUACCAGACAUAGACAGCAUCAUCAGCAAAAGCACCUAAAAGGUUUUUAACUGACAAACUGUUGUAGUAUCUACUCUGUGAUUACUGUGCUUUUUUACAUCCAUACAAAAUCAUAUAUAGGCCACUUCUUUGUCAUUUAUGGAACAUAGUGGUGUAUUUUCAUUCAGACCUCAUGCAAAUGCCCUUCUGAUUUUUAUGAAACAAAUAUAAACAGCCAGUGCAGUCAGAAAAGAGAAUUUAAGGAAAAUGUUGGUGUACAUAAUGCAAUCUGUCAUAAAAUGGUAUUAUUUUUGACAUAUUUUAGAAAUUUCUUAAAUCUACAAUUCCUAGCUUUGCAUUUGAUGACUGAAAUUACCAUAUAACUCAGUUUUAACCACAACAAAAACAGAAAACUAUUUUCAGUAACUCAAAAAUAUUUGUACCAUGUAAUGGAACAUUUCUAUGACUUUGUUAAAGAACAGGAGGGUGCAUUACAUUUUCAUUGUAAAGGAAUUUAAGACAUGCCACUGAUAUAUUGUGACACUUCUAGUUGCAAACUCAAAGUCUUGAGAUCUAUUAUAUUAUGAGAUCACUUUGUACUAUGUUGUGUAUUGUGUGUCUAUCAGGCAUAACUGUGUAAAAUACGGCUAUUUCUUCAGUGUACCAUCUUUCUUAUUUGAAAUAAUAAUUUGUAUUGAAGACUUACUUUAUGUUUUGUAGUCUUAAAUGUGGAUUAAAAAUAAAUGUUGCACUCUAUGAA